AUAAAUAAGUGAGCAGCCGAGUCGCAGUCGCACAAAAUAACUCGCAAAAAAUAGAAAAUUGGCAUCUUUCUCGGGCCAGCAGCGCAAGCAGCAUCCUUGCGCGGUGAACAACGAAUUCUUAACUCGCGAAUUUUCCAUUUUUUGCGUCGUCCUGUCCGAAAUCCGAGGCCCAGAGGCAUGCAGAAAUCGGUCCGGACGGAUCUUGUCGAUCGUCGCCCAUCUCGACUGGCUGGGUAGGGGGUUCUUUGGACUACAAUGCUCACGGACAAUUUCCUCGUCCUGGCCCUGCUCUUUGUAAUCCGUGAGGUGGAGGCGAAGUACUGCGCCUACGAAGUCAAUGGCGAGACCAGAUUUUAUACGUGUCCGAGAACGGAAUAUUGCUGCAACUUUGGAUGCUGCGUUUCGCCUGCAUUCCAGUUUUAUCAGCUGUGGUACUAUUGGUUAUUGGUGAUAUUCAUGUUCUUGCUGUGCUCGGGCGGAGGAUGGUGGUACCGUUGCUGGCUCAGGAAUCGAUUUCCAGAAACGCAAACCUCGGUGACUCGGACCAGCACAAACAACUCAAUGGCCCUUUCCCGCAGGCCAGCCAUUUUAACCAGAUCUCGUCCCUCAUCGAUGGCUGUGCCCGCAGGGGACAACCUCACACCUCAGGGAGGACAGUUUCAAGUGGCAAGGGUCAGCUACAGCUCAUCUGGUGACAGACUGAUUCUGCACAGACUAUGGAAAGAUUCCAGAGGAGCAAUUCACCACUUGGACAGUCCGCCCUCGUACACCACCGCUCGUGCUGACCCCGUCCUAGUACCCCAAACAGCCGGGGGCAUGCAGUUGAUGAAUCCGUACAUUUUGUACGGCCCUCCGCCCAGCUACGAGUCGGUCAUGCAGCAAGACCAGGCCGGGCCCUCAGGCACCCACCUGCUGGUGGCGCCCCUGUCGGAAGCGACCAGCUCUCAGGAUAGCUGUCCCUCCUCACAGGUGCCCUCACCCAUGACACCAACAAGCCAUCAGGAGGCGUGUUCGCCCACCUCCGAGGACGACCAAGGGCCUCAGACCUUGCACCAGGCGUCCCAGACGGCGACCAGCCCCGUCUCGAGUCCCACAGCACUGUGAUUAUGUACGCGGACACUAAUUUCUUCUUAGCUCUUUCAUUUGUUAUAUCAUCGACUGGAUGGGAUGGCCUCUUCUCUAGUACUUGCGCACAACGACUAGUCUGUCCUGUUAAGAAUUUUGCCUAAACGUUUACAGAAUCUGACUUGUUGGCAGAGAAAAAACUGCUCAGUGGCAAAAAAUAAUCUUACAGUAUUUUUUUAUUAUUAUUAUUAUUUCAUCAAUUCAGUCGCGUCAUCUCUUGCACUAUUCGCAACUUCACCAUUUGUACAUGGUGCCUGAGGUCGGAGCUUCUUUUGCUCUGGCUUCUCAAAUUUGGCUCUAAUAUUUAAAACACAAGCAUUUGUACAAUGAAUCUAGUAUUUUAGGUGGCUAUUCGGAAUAAUGGAAUCUUCAAGCACGUUGAAACGGGCGAUGUGAUUUUAUCGUGCUCUCGUUUACAAAUUUAAAUUAAUUCCACUUUGCUCUUCGGUGCCUCUCACUGUAAUUUAUGCAACGCAACUUAUUCAACUGUACCUUAAUAAUUAUUGCUGUUUUACUGAUAAUCUUUCAUUGGGGGGCGCAAUCCCUUAAAAUCUGCCUCAGUGAAUUCAAAACUGUAUUUAGCUCAAUAUAUUGGCGUUCGUUUUAAUCAAGAUGGAUAUUAAGGGAUAAAUCCUCGACAACUAUUGGUUUUUAAAGCGUUAAGGACUAAUGAUAAAAUUGUUGAAAUCAAAACGUUCGCAUCGAGCAGCCGCUUUUUAACAUUUUGCAUCUGUAUGACUGGGGAACAAUUAUUAUGCCGAGCUGCGAGAAUCAAUCAAAAGACAAAGAAGAAGUUUACAAACGCUGUUGAAUGUGUGCAAGGCAACCAUCAAAUCAUUAUGUAAAUCUAAUACCCUUUAUGUAGUUGUAAGACGCUGCUGUAUUACUGUAACGGGUGUAAAGGUCGUAAAAAUCAAUUGUAAAGGGUGGUUAAAUUGUAAAGUGGAAAGGUUAAUAAUUUAUUCAAUCGACAACUGCAACGGUAAAUGUCGCGUUUCAAGUUAAAAAGGUACCGUUAUUAUCGCUCUGUAUUGGAAACACGCACACACAUGUCUCCUUCUCAGUUUUUCACUUUUUCGCUGAUUAAAAAUUUACGCUCUGCCGUCAUUUUGCUAUUCUGCAAAUUGGUUUCUGAAUCUAAGAAAUCUCUUAUUGUUAUAUUUCUGUUUUGAAAUAAGAUGUCUUCCAAUUUAAUUGAAAAAGAAAGUUUAAAUCUUGAUGGUUUAUUUUCUAAUUAUUUUUAAAGUUUUCGAUUAGUUUUGUUGGAAAAAGUCUAGUCAAGACAUCCACAUAUUUUAUUGUAUUGAGCAUUCCACCGAGAAAUUUUAGCUCUGAUUUUGUACAUGUAUGUGCAUGCUAAGCUAGUCUGAAUUGAUGUGCACAAAUUAUAUUUUGUUCAGAAAAUCUCUUCUGUUUCAUUCCCUGCAGGGGUCACUGUCCUGUUCUCUUUUAAUAUGCAAAUUCCUAAAUCCAGUUUCUUCAGUAAAAUUCAUUGAGUUGUCAAGCGGGUUCAUCAAAAAGUGAUAAUAUAUGGGCGAAGCGCCUUGUCGUCUCGCUCAGCAAGCCUGAUGUAGUAAUUACAAUAAACCUGCACUAA